UAUCACCGCUAUAAAAAGAGAAAGAAAUAGAGAGAGAGAGAGAGAGAGAGACCACAUUUGAGAAAGAGAGAUGGGUCAUGGAGGUCGGCUUUCUUUGUGUCUCUUCCUUGCCUUUGCUCUGAUUCUCUGCUCUGCUUCUGCCCGACACACCAUGCUACUUUCAGAAGAUGUCGAAGUGGGAAUGGAGGGAAGGUCUCUAUUAGUGACCACCAACGACUACGGCGACACGACAGCAAAUCCCGGCCAUGAUCCCUCUCGUGGCACAUUUGAGGAUGCCAACAAUGGCCAAAAUGGCUGAAAAAAGAAAUCAUAUAUAUAUAUAUAUAUGUAAAAUCUUUGUUAUUAUUAUCAUUAUCAUUUUGAAUGGUUAUUAUUCACCUAAAAAUAUAUUGUGCUACUCUAGCUUUUUAUUUCUGUGUUGUUAGGCAAGUGAGAUGCAAAUAAUAUAUGUUAAACUGCUCUCUCACCCAACCUUUUUUGUUUGUUAUAUAUAUAUAUAUAUAUAAAAUUUUAUUUUAUUUUA